AGCUACCUAGCUAAUGUUAUCGCCUCAGCUGGUAGCUGGCUACUACAUCAUUGAAGCAAGUAUCCUAUUCUCGAAUGGAUGCCAAUGACGGAUGCCUCAUGAUAUAGACAAUGUAGCCACCCUAAGCAAUGUAGUUAUUGACUUUUGGCGCAGUAACCUUAUUUUACACUUUAUUUUACUCUUUCCGACGACGUAAUAAUUCAGAGGCCAUUGUGUUGAACGAUUAGAAUUAUCAACCUGCGACAUUAUCGGUCGCUCGCUUAUUCGGGCUAGCCAGGUCCAAGAAGCUUGCUAACCUAGCAAGCUAAGCACAAUUUGCAGAACCUAGCAGUAUCGCAUUUUAGCAUUCAUCAGUGACUUUCGCAAACAGAAAAUGACUGGAGAGAAGAUUCGUACCCUGCGCAAGGACCACAAGCCAAGCAAAAAUGAAAACAUUCUGAAAUCGUACGAGGAAAAUACUAAUGUCACAGAGAUGGUUACAUCGUCCACCACCGUCGACACAGAGAAGACGAAUAUUGCUAAUAAGAUAUUUCACAACCACAAUAAACCACUAAAAUCUCUGCAGCUAUCAGAAAAUCAUCAAUCGCAGAUAAAUGUCAAUUCUAAUACUGGCACACCAGUCAGUAUCAUCGUCGACGAUAACAGGAACCCCAUUAUUUUGACUUCGGGAGAUUUAGAAUUCCCGGUACACGAAUGUGUGUUCAAGGGGGAUGUGCGACGUUUGUCAUCUCUUAUCCGCACUCAGAACAUAACACAGAAAGAUGUUCACGGGAAUACUCCUCUGCACCUUGCUGUUAUGCUGGGACACAAAGAGUGUGCCCACUUGCUGCUGGCUCACAAUGCCCCCGUGAAGGUGAAGAACGCCCAGGGCUGGAGCCCUCUGGCUGAGGCCAUUAGCUAUGGAGACAGACAGAUGAUCACAGCUCUGUUGCGGAAGCUGAAGCAGCAGUCCAGGGAGAGUGUGGAGGACAAGAGGCCCAAGCUGCUCAAAGCACUGCGGGAGCUUGGAGACUUUUACUUGGAGCUUCACUGGGACUUUCAGAGCUGGGUGCCUCUUCUGUCACGGAUUUUGCCAUCUGACGCCUGCAAGAUUUACAAGCAAGGGAUCAAUAUCAGGCUGGACACCACCCUGAUUGACUUCAGUGACAUGAAGUGCCAGCGUGGGGACCUCAGCUUCAUCUUUAACGGGGACGCUCCUCCUGCCGAGGCCUUCGUCGUCCUUGACAACGAGCAGAAGGUGUACCAGCGCAUUCACCAUGAGGAGUCUGAGAUGGAGACGGAGGAGGAGGUGGACAUCUUGAUGAGCAGUGACAUCUACUCAGCCACCCUCUCCACCAAGUCCAUCAGCUUCUCCCGCAGUCAGAGUGGCUGGCUCUUUAGGGAGGACAAGACGGAGAGGGUGGGGAACUUCCUGGCGGACUUCUAUGCGGUGAACGGCCUCAUGCUGGAGUCGCGUAAGCGUCGCGAGCACCUGAGCGAGGAGGACAUCCUCAGGAACAAGGCCAUCAUGGAGAGCCUCAGCAAGGGCGGCAGCCUCGCCGAGCAGAACUUCGAGCCUGUCCGAAGGCAGUCUCUCGGCGCGCCCGAGGCGAACACCAUCUCCUGGGAGGAGUACAUCAGUGCUGAGCAGGGAAAGCCCCCCCAUCUUGGCCGUGACUUGGUGUGCAAGGAAAGCAAGAAGAAUUUCAAGGCCACCGUAGCCAUGAGCCAGGAUUUCCCUCUGGGCAUUGAGUCAUUACUGAAUGUUUUGGAGGUCGUCGCUCCCUUUAAGCACUUCAACAAGCUACGAGAGUUUGUUCAGAUGAAGCUUCCUCCAGGGUUUCCUGUCAAGCUGGACAUCCCAGUUUUUCCUACCAUCACGGCUACUGUGACGUUCCAAGAGUUCCGCUACCGUGAGUUUGAGGAGUCCCUCUUCACCAUCCCAGCCAGCUACAAAGAGGACCCAAGCCGCUUUCCUGACCUCUAAAGCAAGGUCAUGCGAUAAAGGGAGAUGCCACAUAUUUUUUCCCCCCCUCCUCCAGUCCCCACUUUUCACUCCUAAAACCAACCAAUACACAUAAAGACCUCUCCGUAACGGCUGGUGAUUUUAAGAAGGUGAAACCGAUUGUGUAUCCCCUGUGGGAUAUGGUCUGACAUUCAUGUUAAGAUGGCUUUUUAAGUAUUUAAGUUAUAAAGAAGCCAUUCUUAUUUACAGUUGAUUUACCUCUCAAGUCUUUACCACAUAACACGUCUUUACCGUUAGCAGUGUUGACCACAUCAGCGUGGGUCGUGUUCCUUGGAUGAAAUCACACACCAUAUCCUUCCUCUUUGGGGAGUGCACUGAAUUUGUAACCCUGUUAACUGUGGAGGAAGAACGAGACCCUUUUUAGAAAUUCUUAAAACAUUCUGUGUGAUGUACCUUCCAUUUUAAAUUGAAUUUGCCUUUUGAUUUCAAGUGAUGUAACACUGUACCUACUGAAUCUCAUGCCUGUGCUGUGAGGGACGUCUAAUUGAAAAGCGUAGAGGGCAUUUUUGACAGGCACACGUUUAGAACCCUUUCACCCGUUCCCCGUCUGACUGUGCACUCCAGUGCUUUCCUUUGGUUUGCCAGUGUAACCGUCUGUCUAUCUGUCCUCAUAGUGCGUUCUGCGAGUUGCGUUUGUGUGAGAUAACAGGUUAUACUCCGUGUGAAUGUAGUCUGUACUGAUGCCCCCCCUGCACCUGGUGUGCUUGAUGCAUGGUGUGCGCAAAACACUGUAAGUAGCCCCCCUCUCCCACCACCACCACCACCACCACCAACGCGCCUCCUGUAAAGCUACAGAGCUGCGGCGACAAGCGACUUAAAACACGCUGCGGCUUCAGAGCGAGUCUCCCAGGCAAAAGCCCUGCGACGUGCAGCUCUGAAAUGCAAACGCUCCAGCGCGAAAAAAGGCAACCAUUUCACGCCAGCGUUGCCACCGCCCGACCACUCCAGCCUCUCAUUCCCACUUAGUCGCAGCAGCGUACCAAAUGAAGCCCUAUGUAGCAGUCAAGCACUUUGCCGCAGUCAUUUAACCUCCCAUCAGACUAAGGAGCACAGUACUCCUUAAAUAACGCACCAGCACUACAGCUCAUGGUCGACUAGAAAACUGUUUUAUUUCUCCUCCAGUUUUUAUCAUUUGUUUUGUAUUUUACAUUCUGUAAGUAUACUGUGGUUUUACUGUGUUGCCCGUUUGUGGGUCCUUGAGUCCAUACAUUUCUAUAACACUAUAACAUUCAGUGGAGAGCCUUACUAGAGCUUGGAAAGUCACCUCCGCAAAGUGUAACACCAAUAAAAACGCCAUCAAUGGUGACUAACUACACAGUCAGGUUUUGUGCUAAGGAUUUAAUGUACAAUUGUGGUAUAGCUCUAUUGUAAAGCUGUUAAAUCCAUGGUUUUAUCUUUAGUUUGUUUCAUUUACAGACAGUAGAUCAUCCCAAUUUUGUACUGUAAAGCAGAGAGCUUGAAGCAUGUUAUUUUUUCCUCUGAAGUCAGAGGAAUCUUGAUGUAUACUCUAUGGAAACAUCACAUUAGAAACUUCAAACUGUACAGUUAACACAUAUGCUAUAA